GAGAGACUUUGAAAAUUUUCCUGAUUGAUGAUUGAGUUGAAUCAGUAAUUAUUCGAGUUUUUAGUUGAAUUUUUUUUUUUUUUUUUCAUAAAAUUUGGAAGUACGGGUGAACGAGCAACACUUCCCGAGGAUUCCAGGAGCCGUAGCAUGCUGGAGCCACGCUGGAGACCCGUCCAGGGGCACAUCGGCGAAAGUCCCUUUGACACUGGAUCCUGGGGAAAAGAGCACUUCCAGCCGACCACGGCGCCCUGGCAGCUGAAUCCGCGCAGCCAUUCACGACCUGGUGACGAUGGCAUAAUGGAUCAUGACACGGACGGAGACGGAGCGAUCAACUUGUCAACGUCUCAAAGACCCUCGGCUUCAACAACCCCGAAUGGUGAUGGUCCAGUCUACAGCCAAGAUCAACAAGACAACGAUCAGGCAACGAAUCUGUACGCAGCCCUGAAGCAACAACAAUCACGUGAUUUAGCUUGGGAACGUGAAAGAGAGAAGGAUCGAGUGCAGCAAGCGAGAAUUAGAGAAAGAGGUGGUGGAGGUGGUGGAGGUGGUGUCGGUGGUGGUGGUGGUGGAGGUGGUGGUGGCUCUGAAGGGGCCGAUCAAUCAGAUAUCACAAUCGAGUAUAGAAGCAAUGGGAAGCUCAGUCCCGCUGGGCAGCAUACAGUGACAGCAGCACUCAUGACCCAGCAAAAGCAACCGAUAAUUGCCCAACAGUCGCACCAACCAAGUUCAGGGACACCAGGCUCACAGCCUAGUCCCCAUCAGAGUCCCCAAGCACCCCAAAGGGCAUCACCCACUAAUUCAAUUCAGGGACCACUGCAACCAGGUGGCCCACCUGGUGGUCCACCCAUUCAGAAUUCCACCCAGAUGAUGCUCAGCCCAGCGAGCGGAAUCCAUCAGAUGCAGCAGCUACUACAACAGCAAACCUGGAGUCCAACUCAGCUGCAAUCGAUCAUGCAGCAUACUUUGUAUUUGCAACAGCAGCAGCAACAGCAACAUCAUCAGGAGUCUUCUUCCGAUCAUGCUGCCAGUCAAGAACGCCUCGGCUAUUUCUCCCUGAAAAACCAUCAGCAUCAAUUAGCCGAAUUGGGGAGGAAACAGCUAGAGCAGAAUAUGCAGCAGCUCCAAGAGCAGCUACAGUUGAACCUCAUUCAACAGACACACCUAAUGCAGACUGCUGACAAAAAGAAAUCGUCUGUGCCACUUCAGCAACUAGGAAUUCAGCAGCAACAAAUUAUUCAACAGUUGCAAAUCACACGAGGCCAGUACGGUCUAUUGCAGCAGGGAUUGAGUUUACAGGGGCACAAUCAUUCGUCCGGUAAUUUACCUGGUGAACCACUGCCAGGGUGGAAGUCAGAGUCUUCAGAAGGAGGUGAUAGUCAUCAGAAUUCAAGUAUACCAAAGUCAGCGGCUAGUUCGAAUGGUUUAAUUAAUUCAAUAGCGUUGAGUCGGAGGUCCGAUGUGAAUGGUACAUCAGGUCUCGAUGAAAAACCUUUAGACGUGUCCUGCAACGACAAAGGGAAUCCCCUGUAUGGCCACGGGGUUUGCAAAUGGCCUAGCUGUGAAGUACUCUGCGAAGACUAUCAAGCAUUCCGCAAACAUUUGAAUACAGAGCAUACACUCGAUGACAGAUCGACGGCGCAGGCGAGGGUACAGUUGCAAGUUGUUACACAGCUGGAGAUUCAAUUGCAGAAGGAGAGAGAUAUAUUAGCGGCGAUGAUGCAUCAUCUGCAUGUGGCUAAACAAAUAGCGUCGCCUGAACCACCGAAAUCAUUGGAAUCAUCUCCGGGAUCAAGUCUGCCGAAGCUGGGUUUAUCCUCAGGUCUAAUGAGUCAACCAGCUCCGAAUUUCAGUGUCUCCCAGGUCUCGACAGUGUCGAUGUCAGCUCUAGUGUCGGCAGUGAGAUCACCUGGAGGUGGACAAUUGCCUCCCUCAGGUGGUCCCAUGCCACCAAUGCCAAAUAUGACGAAUCUACCGGGAAUGCCGCCAAUGCCCAACAUGCCUGGUAGCAUCGCGAGUAUACCAGGGGCCCUUCCAAGCAUGCCUGGACCCAUUCGAAGAAGAAUCAGUGAUAAAUCCACCCUCUCCCUUGCAGGAGGUUUGUAUGAGGAGGGGACUGUAAGGCGCAGGGUAUCCAUCGAUAGAUCUGGAAUAGAUAUUAAUGAAGAAAUUCAACGGAAUAGAGAGUUCUACAAGAAUGCAGACGUGAGACCGCCGUUCACGUACGCCUCGUUAAUAAGACAGUCGAUAAUUGAAUCACCGGAUAAGCAGUUGACGCUCAAUGAGAUUUACAACUGGUUCCAGAAUACAUUCUGCUACUUCCGGCGAAAUGCCGCAACAUGGAAGAACGCAGUGCGACACAACCUGUCUCUCCACAAAUGUUUCAUGCGAGUCGAAAACGUGAAAGGGGCAGUAUGGACAGUGGACGAAGUGGAGUUUUACAAGAGACGCCCUCAACGCGCUUGCAGCACCACUGGAGGAGUCCCUUCGAAGAGUCCGACACUGACGCACAGCCCUACGAUGUACGGUGAAGCACUUAACGCUAAUCUCCAGUAUUUCCAGGCGGCAUUGGGUGAGUCGAACAUGGGAUUUCUUAAUAAUUCAAUGUGCACUUCAACUGCAACGAGUCCAGAUAAGGAGCAUGUCAUGCAGCAUAAUGAUUUAAUCAGGUCAUCACUGGAUGAACCAGGAAUGCACAUAAAGCAAGAGGGUCAAAGUCCGGAGGGUGGAAAACUCUCCAGAUUAAUAAAACGUGAGCUGCUGGAGGUUCAAACGGAGCACGAUCACGAUGACGAGGGUGUUGAUGAUCGAGAGUACCCAGAAAGUCAUGGUCAGGACUCAGGCCAAGACGAGGACAUGGCGGAGGACCUUUCGAUGGCCCCCGAUAUAAUGACGCCGGAUGAUCAGAUCGAAGCGUAGUACUCCACCCUCUAGGCAACAUUACCCCACCUCUUCGUGUCCCCCGGGCCCUUGAACUCAUUCUAUUAGCCCUUUACACACCCCCACGUUAACAUUUAAGGAAUUUAAAAAAAAA